AUGAUUUUCUUGGACGGGUAUGAAGUAAGAUCCGCAAUCGAAUCUGCGAUUCUUGCCUGCGAUUCUAGUGAUGAUGAUGACUUGGAACUGCCUUCUUUCACUAGCCAAAAAUUCUGGCAUCGAAUGGUGAAUCCAAGAUUUAUUCCUGUAAAUUUAUUUCACUAUGAAAAUAUAAACUAUGCCACCAUUCACGAAGCAGCGGCAGCGCGAAAAGAUGAUUUUGAGCAAGUAAAUUACAUGGCACUGGAUGUGUACGUGCGUAAAGAUUUGAGUUCUGAUUCGCCGAAACCUGUACUGUUAUUCGUUCAUGGUGGUGGUUGGACAGGCGGUGACAAAGGUCUACCAUACCCUAUAAUUUUUCAUUUAGCCGAAGCUGGUUGGAUCGUAGUAUCAACAAACUAUCGACUCGCCCCCUCAUCAAUCUAUCCAAACCAAUUGAUCGACGUGAAACGGGCCAUACGAUGGGUGAAAGAAAAUAUUCAUGCAUUUAAAGGUGAUCCGGGGUUCAUUGCAAUUGCUGGCGACGGCGCAGGAGGCCACUUAGCAGCAAUGGCAGCACUAACACCAAACACAUUGGAAUACCAACCACACUUUGAAAAGGUCGACACGUCUGUAAAUGCUGUCAUACUGAUUAAUGCGCACACAGACUUACUACAUCUAAUGGAUAUAGGCAAAACAAAAAAUAAAAUAACAAGUUAUUUUGAUGUGUCAAAUCACUUUUCAAAAGUGAUUUCCGGACAUGCAGAAAUCAAUGAAGAAUUCUUGCGUAAACAUUCACCAGUGAAUUUGAUUACGAAGGAAUCUGUCCCAUUUCUUGUAUUUCACGGUGAUCGUGAUCAAUAUAUUCCUUUUGAAUCAUCAAAAAAAUUCGUUGAAAAACUUCAACAAAUAUCAAAAUCUGAAACACGGUUUAUUCAAAUACCGGGUGGACACCACGUCUAUCAUCUAUUCUCGUCGCCGCGGUCUCAUUAUCAAGCAAUCGGAGUUGAAAGAUGGUUAAAUCAUAUAUAUCAUCAGCAAUUAAAGGAAAAAUAA